UAAACUUAGCGGGAGUCUCGCCGGGAAACGAUUGGUAGACUAACACUUCCACGAUUCAUCGCAAAACUCUAUACCCUCAAAAAGCCAAUUAAGUGCAUAUAAUCUCUAAUUUAUCAAAGCUUUAGGCUCUGUCAAACGUAAUCUCUAAUUCAUGGCUUCCUCUUCUUCUUCUUCUCUCACUUGGACGCAUGAUGUCUUCCCGAGCUUCUGCGGAGGAGACGUCCGCAAAACCUUCCUCAGCCACCUUCUCAAAGAGCUCGGAAGCAAGGGAAUCAAAACUUUCAUCGACGACGGGAUCGAUCGAGGCAAACCUAUCGGUCCCGAGCUAGUAAAAGCGAUCAGAGAAUCCAGGAUUGCCAUUGUCUUGCUCUCCCGUAACUACUCUUCUUCCAGAUGGUGUUUGGACGAGUUGGUGGAGAUCUUGAAGUGCAGGGAAAAGGAUCAUCAACAAAAAAAAGUGAUAGCCAUUUUCUACGGAGUGGAUCCAUCUGAUGUUAGGAAGCAGACUGGAGAUUUCGGAGAGGCCUUUAACAAAACCUGUGUGGGAAGAACAGAAGGUGUGAAGGAGGCUUGGAAGAAAGCUUUGGUGGAUGUGGCCAAUAUAGCUGGUUAUGACUCUAGCAGAUGGCACAAGGAAGCUGAUUUGAUCAACAAAAUUGCUUUAGAUCUUAUGGAUGAGUUGGGCUUUACACCAUCAAAAGAUUUUGAUGACUUUGUUGGCAUGGAAGCUCGUAUCAAGGAGAUUAUGUCGUUGUUGAGCAAACAAUCAGAUGCUAAAGUUAAGUUUAUAGGGAUCGUGGGUCCUACUGGGAUUGGUAAGACGAGCACUGCUAGAGCUUUGUACGACCGGUUAUCUCGUGGUUUUGAGUUCAGUACGUUUAUUGAGGAUAUCAGGGAAAGUAAAGAGAUGCCUUCUCUCGGUGGCUCCCAUCAUAAGUAUCAGUUGGAUUGUCAGAAAGAGUUACUGUCUCGGCUUUUCAACCAAAAGGAUAGUAAGGUUGGUCACUUGGGAGUGGCUGAACAGAGGCUGAGAGACAAGAAAGUGUUGAUCGUUCUUGAUGAAAUGGACUGCUUGUUGAAACUGGAGGCAAUGGCAAAGAAGCCUGAUUGGUUUGGUCCCGGAAGUGUUAUUGUCAUUACAACCGAAGAUAGGAACCUUCUCAAGGCACAAGGCAUCAAAUGUAUUUACGAUAUGAAACUUCCGAAUGAAGUUGAGGCGUUUCAGAUCUUCUGCAAAUAUGCUUUCGGUCAAAAGUCUGUAGAUUAUGGUCCUAGCAUUGUCACAGCUUUGCGAACCCGAUUUUUCUUUGAUUUUCAGUUCAGAGAGUUUAUUGAGUAUGUCCGUGGAAGUAAUGGGAUGACUUCUCUCUGCGCCUCCGAUAAUUGUAAAUUUCAGUUGGCUUACCAGAAAACUCAAUGUGUUGAUUUUUAUGAGUUUGCUUGGGAUACUGGACUUGCUGGUCAUCUUCCUCUAGGCCUGAGAGUCUUGGGAUCGUCUCUACGAGGAAAGUCCAGGGACGAGUGGAUAAGUGCAGUACCAAGGCUCAAGUCUAGCCUUGACACAGGAAUUGAAUCAAUUCUAAUGUUUGGCUACAACGGCUUAAGUGAUGAUAAAGACAGAGCUCUUUUUCUGUAUGUUGCAUGUCUCUUUGUUGGUUUCACGGUUGAUCGAGUUAAACGUUUUCUUGAAGAUUGUGAUUUGGAUGUGGACCAUGGACUUCAUAACUUACAGCAGAAAAGUCUCAUAUCCACUGAAGACGGAUAUGUACGGAUGCACAUAUUACUGCAACAAAUGGGUAGAGAUAUUGUCAAGAAAAAGACUGAGGAGAUUGGAGAGCGACAGUUCUUGAUGGAUACCAAGGAUAUUUCUGAUUUACUUGAAGAUGAAGAUAUUGGUACUGGAAAAAUUCUAGGCAUAAAGUUAGAAGAAUGGGGAGAGGAGGAUAUCCAAAUAACUAAAAGUGCCUUCCAACGGAUGAAGAAUCUCCAGUUCCUAGUGCUCCAUUCGUGGAACGUGCUCAUACCCGAAGUAGGCCUCAGCUGUCUUCCCGACAAACUCAGACUUCUAGAGUGGCCCAGAUGUCCAUUGACAUUCUUGCCUUCCAAGUUCUCUGGCAAGUUUCUUGUCGAACUUAUCAUGACAUACAGCAAACUUGAGAGGCUUUGGGAUGGAAUCAAACCUCUCCAACGCCUCAAGCUGAUGGUUUUGAGACAGUGUUGGUGUCUGAAAGAGAUUCCAGAUCUCACAAAUGCAACGAGUCUCGAGGAACUAGAUCUCUACGAGUGCAAAAGUUUGUUAGAGCUCACUAGCACUAUUGGCUAUGCCACUAAGCUUAAAAAGUGCAUACUUAGCCGUUGCUCUCUUUUGAAGGAGCUCCCCUCUUCUAUGGGUAGGUUAAUCAAUCUCGAGGUAUUAUUUCUCAGUGAGUGCACGGGUUUGAAAGAACUCAGUGGUUGCUUGAAUCUAGAAAAACUCAGUGGUUGCUCGAGUUUGAAAACACUCGAUCUGAGUGGGACUGGGAUAUGGGAAGUGCCAUCAUCAAUCAGAUCUUAUUUGGCUCAUAUUAAUCGAUUGGAUAUGUCUGGGUGUAGAAACCUCAAGGAGUUUCCAAAUGUUCCUGACAGCAUUGAAGACUUGGUGUUGUGCAAGACAAGGAUAGAGGAAAUUCCUCCAUGGAUUGAGAAUCUGUCUCAGCUGCGUAAACUAACUAUGUAUGGAUGCGAGGAGCUGAAAAAGAUAUCUCCAAAUAUUUCCAAGCUGGAGAAACUCGAGUUUCUUGUUCUGCGCAAGAGUGGCGAAAGUGAGAAAUGUAGUUGGGGUGACGAAGAAUUUGAAGAUUUUCCUGACUUAUUUCAAGCGGUGAUCAAGUGGGGCCCUAACAGGUGGUUAAUAUUAGCAUCAGACUUAGAGGUUGACUACAUUUUAUCUAGAUGUCUACCCGCGACGGCGCUAUCAUUAUGUUUACGGAGUGAUGGCCUCAACACUAUUCCAGAUUGCAUCACACGUCUCUCGGGGCUCAUUAAACUUGACGUCAAAGAAUUCAGAGUGCUCGAAGCACUUCCACCGCUUCCAGACUCUCUUCGGUCUAUAGAUGCAGAAGACUGUGUAUGCUUAGAGAGAAUAGAUUCGUCUUUUCAUAAUCCAAAUAUUUGCCUAAACUUUGCUGGCUGUUAUGGCCUGAGUCGAAACACGAAAAGGCUCAUCCACACAUCAGACUGCAAAUAUGUGUUAUUACCGGGUGAAGAAGUGCCUGAACACUUUCCUCACCAAGCUGACUCAGGUUCCCUGACAAUCAAUCUGACUCCAAUACCUCUUCCUUCAUCCUUGAGAUUCAAAGCUUGCAUCUUGCUGUCAAUAUGCGAUGAGGGUUUCAUUAUGCACAAGGAUGGUGUGUCUUGUAACGUCAUUGGUAAACAGAAUGGCCUCACUAUCCAAUAUGGAUCAAAUGAGCACCAUAUGCCCUUUAGAUUUGAAGAAGUGGAAGAUCAUCUGUAUAUAUUUGAAGAUUCUUUCUGUCUAAACCAGGAUUGCCCUGAGACCGGAGAAGCCACUUUGAGCGAGCUUGUGUUUGAGUUCCUAGUCCAUGGUAACAUCUGGAAGGUGAAAGGCUGCGGUGUACGACUUUUGUUCCCUGAUUCUAUUAUUGACAUAAACGCAGCCAAUGAUGAUGAUGAUGAUGAUGAUGAUGAUGAUGUGAACAAAGUUGAAAGUGAUCAUGACGAUAGUGACGAAGUUGAAAGUGAUCAUGAUGAAUCUAUGCUCGUACCGGGUGUAGAAGUGCCUGCACACUUCACUUACCGAGCUACUUCAAGUUUCCUAAAGAUCAGUCAGACUCCAGGACCUCUUCCUUCAUCCCUUAGAUUCAAAGCUUGCAUCUUGCUGUCAAGAGGAACUAUUAAUCUCGUGGAUGAAGAAGACAUUGUGUCUUGGCGCCUUAAUUAUUUAUUUGAUGACCUUGAUGACCAUGGAGAGGAGAAGAAUUUAUCGAUGCGUGUGUCUUGUAGGUUUAGGGGUAAACAAAAUGGCCUCACUGUCCAAUAUGGAUCAAACCAGCGCGACAUGCCUUAUAUAAGUGGAUGGGAGGAACGUCUGUAUACAUUUGAAGAUUCUUUCUGUCUAGACCAGGAUUUCCCUGAAGCCGAAGAAACCACUUUCAAUGAGCUUGUGUUUCAUUUCAAAGUCUUUUAUAAGAAAUGGAAAGUGAAAGCUUGUGGUGUACAACUUCUGGAGGACAAAGAAGAAUCUGGACCUGAGAAGGAGGAAGAUGAUGAAGCUGGUGAUGGUGAUAAUUAUGGGGCUGAGGAGGAUAUAAAGGACGAUGUAGAUAAAACUCAAGGAGACAGAUCUAGACGUGAUGAUGAUGCAGAGACAAGAAGCAAGAAACGAAUGAGGUUCGGCCUUCCGUAGAUAUAUGAAAUUGUCAUAUUGUUAUAUAUAAUUUUGUGAUUCUGUUCAGAUUAAUUUUCCAAGAAGAGAAGCUCGAUCUAAACACACUAGGGACACUUGAACAGUAAUAGCAAAGUUGCGUUUGUAAGAACUAUUCCUGUCUCAAGUUAUCGUUCAUAACCAUUUGAAGAUGCAUGAUUGUUGGUUUGGUAAAGGAUAGAUUUCUGGAUC